UACCACACUGUUUGAUAAACACAUAUAGUCAUGAUCUUGAUGGGUCAAACUUUGUGUCUUCCUUCUCCAGCCACGGUCCAGGAGCUGUUCUCUGUGGCUCGAGAUGCCAGCAUAAUCCCUGAUAUUUCCCUGGAUCCAGUCCUCACCACCUUCCUGUCGCUGGACUCCUCUGCAGCACUGCAGCAUCAAUAUGCCUCCUUACAGCGGGGCAUGAGUCGGGAGCAGCAGACUAAUUUCAGCCUCAGUCUGACUAAAGAGCUGGGAGGCAACAGCAGCAGUGUCAUGUAUGGAGGGGUGGGGGUUGUUGCUCUGGCUCUGUCCCUGCUUUUUGACCAAGUUUCCCAACAAGUUCGGGCACAAGGAUCAGCAGAGGGGCGCCUAUCAGGUCAGAGUUCACAGGCUAAACAGAUUUUUGGCAUCAGCAGCGCUUCAAGAAUUGGCUGGAUUAUCCACAGCUACCUUCGCCAGGUCCCUGGCAUUGCCAACAACCUGGAGAUGAUGGCUGAGACUACAGAGCUCUUUGACACGUGGCUGAAACUGGAGCUGCUUGACCAUUAUGAGAGGAUGACCACUAAAAAGAGAAUGAGUUCAGUGUCCAUGCAGCAGUGGUUGACAGGAGCUGCAUUUCAUCUGCACAUAAGAAUCCACCAGGCCCGGCUGCUCUCUGUGCCAACAGGAUCAGUUGAGUCACUACGUCUUUCUUAUAAGACAGGGUUAAAGCACCUGGUUCGGGGCUACACAACCUAUCUACACAGAAACAUUCAGGAGACUGCAGCUCCAGGUCCACAAAACUUCAAAACUAGAAUGGCCAGGGGACCAACACAAACUAAUACAACUACCACAGCCAAUAUGAUCUGCUCAAGUAACAACACUUUUAGUGUUAGUUUGGUUAGUCCAAAUAUCUCAACUAACAAACUUAAUGAGAUUGCUGCACCCAAUUCAGCAGCUGAAAUUAGCAAAACAAAUGAAUCAAAUGAAGACUUUGGACUUAAUGUGCAAAAAGGAAGCAAUGAAACCACUGUAGAUACUGUCAACAGAAAGACACUCAACGGUUCAGCCGGACAUAGCGCUGAGGAGGAAGCCAGCGUGUUGGGUCUUUUAGUCAUUGAGCCAUGGAGGAAUGUGAGUCACAAUGUACAGCAUCACCCCUGUGAGUCUCCAGCCAUACAACAAGCUCUGGUCACUCGUAUUAUAAAUGCUCAGGACAUGGAGAGGAACACAAACUUCUUCCUGUACCCUGAGAAAGUCUUCCGCAGCCUGCUCAGGCAAAAGGACGACUUUGAGUUAAAGACAGAUUAGACAGGAAUGAAGAAAUCUUCAG